GACUUGCAGAGUGAGCCCCAGAAGUCGUGGACGCCGUUGGGUUUGAGGGCCGACUGCGCUUUGGUCGGGAGCUCUGCAGCUUUGGGAGGCGGCCGUUGCCAUGACGGCCCAGGGGAGCCUGGUGGCCAACCGAGGCCGACGCUUCAAGUGGGCGAUUGAGCUGAGCGGACCUGGAGGAGGCAGCAGGAGCCGAAGUGACCGGGGCGGUGGACAGGGAGACUCGCUGUACCCAGUUGGUUACUUGGACAAGCAAGUGCCUGAUACCAGCGUGCAAGAGACAGACCGGAUCCUAGUGGAGAAGCGCUGCUGGGACAUUGCCUUGGGUCCCCUGAAACAGAUUCCCAUGAACCUCUUCAUCAUGUACAUGGCAGGCAAUACUAUCUCCAUCUUCCCUACUAUGAUGGUGUGUAUGAUGGCUUGGCGACCCAUUCAGGCACUUAUGGCCAUUUCAGCCAAGGAUGGAGUUCAGUGGAGGAGGACUGCUUUUGUGAACCUGAGAAAGAAGCACGUGGUGCCUAUGUAUUUGGAUCUCAUUUACAGCCGCCUUCAUGCCCAGUGGCUCCUCCUCAGCAUACUAACCCUUAACAUUAUCACUCACUGAAAAGGACCAAAAGGUCUCUUUUCUCCAUGGUGAAGAGACAAAUCCUAGAAAGACAAUGUACAUAUCACUACAAACACAAAAAAACUAUACCACAACUCUUGACUGAAAAUAAGGUAGAAAACUUUAUUUAUGUUUCCAGUAGAGAGCAAAACAACAAAUAAAACCAUAACUCUGUAAACAAAAGAGUGGUUGCUGAUAAAUCAAGAGCUACAGCAGCAUCUCCUUUUAAUAAAUUAAAUGGUUGAGAACAGUGCUUUAAAAAAAAGUUGCACAAGUUUCCCUUAAAUCUAUCCUCCUUAAUAUUUCACUUCUAUUUAACACAAGCUGGGACAUAAAAAUUCUGUUGGAGAUACUAGAGAAAUGUGAGAAAAUGUGAGAAAAUA